UCAGCUACAACGCUGGGAUCAGCGCGUGCGAGAAGGGCGAGCAGUGGCAGCGGGCGCUGGCGCUGCUGAGCGAGAUGUGGGAGGCGAAGCUGGAGCCCGACGUCUUCAGCUACAGCGCUGGGAUGAGCUCGUGCGAGAAGGGCGGGCAGUGGCAGCGGGCGCUGGCGCUGCUGAGCGAGAUGCGGGAGGCGAAGCUGGAGCCCGACGUCAUCAGCUACAACGCUGGGAUUAGCGCAUGCGAGAAGGGCGAGGAGUGGCAGCGGGCCCUGACGCUGUUGAGCGAGGUGUGGAAGGUGAAGCUGGAGCCCAACUUCAUCAGCUACAGCGCUGGGAUCAGCGCGUGCGAGAAGGGCGAGCAGUGGCAGCGGGCGCUGGCGCUGCUGAGCGAGAUGUGGGAGGCGAAGCUGGAGCCCGACUCUAACCUACAACGCUGGGAUCAGCGCGUGCGAGAGGGGCGAGCAGUGGCAGUGGGCCCUGGUGCUGCUGAGCAAGGCAGCGGAGGCGCAGGAGGAGCCCAACGUCAUCAGCUACAGCGUUGGGAGCGCGUGCGAGAAGGGCGAGCAGUGGCAGCCUGCGCUGGCGUUGCUGAGUGA